AUGUCCGACAUGGAUCCCAUUCUCGCAGCGACAAAGGCGGAAGCCACUGCCCCUUCCCNNCCUGCAGCUCACACCCCAAAACCCCUGACCGCACGCAUACGUCUCUGGCUGCGACUCUGGAUGUUCAAAAUCACUAUCCGCAGCUUGCUGGGUACACUCCGCUUCUUCCGCUACAAAGGCAUGGGAACCCUGCAACCAACCUACCGCAAGGCUCUCGGUUCCGCCGGUCUGGUCCAUGAUGUCUGGGUUCCCGAGAAUUACAAAGAAGGCGAUAAACUACCACUCUACAUCGAUAUCCACGGUGGAGGCUUUGCCAUUGGCGAUCCUUUCCACGACGAGACGUGGUGUGAUUUUCUGAGUAAGAGGGGAAUCCUGGUCGUGUCUUGCGACUACAGAAAAGCCCCUUCUUAUGCUUUUCCAACCCAAACCGAGGAUCUAGUGGAUGUGGUGACGCAAAUCUUAGCUGAUGAGUCUCUUCCUUUCGACGCGACUAAAGUCGCAAUGGGAGGAUUUUCUGCGGGAGGAAAUCUUUCGCUGUCGGUUGCGCAGGAAAAAAGUCUACAGGGAAAGAUUCAGGCGUUGCUGCUUUGGUACCCCUCGACAGACUUUUCGGCAAAGUACAGAGGUGAAAUGAGAGAUAGCCCUGACGGCUUACCUGAUGUGCUGGCCAAAAGCGGAGAAUUGUUUACUUAUGGUUAUUUACCUACCCAGGGAGUGGAUCUUUGUGAUCCGAGGUUGUCGCCUGUGUAUGCGGAUCGCAAACUCCUCCCUCCGAAGAUGAAAUUCGUGGGUGCCGAGUAUGAUGUUUUGUGCAACGAAGCCCAUGAAACAGCAAAACUGUACUCGGAACACGAAAGCGGCAACAAGCAAGAGGGCGAUGCGGCAGAGGAUGAAAGACAAGGCGUCCAAACAUGGAGAAAAGGCAACAUCUGGUGGGAGAUGGUGUUGGGAGCACAACAUGGCUUUAAUUAUGUGACGAAGAAGGACCCGAGUGCCGAGAGGGAGAGAAAAAGGAUCACAGCAUUGGCGUACGAGAGAUCGUGUGAGUGGUUGUUGAAAGAGGUGUAUGCUUAG